CCGAGAAGAAUGAGUCUGUAAUGGGAAUCCAGGAGGAGCCCCCCCCCCUCCCAUCACAUGCCCAAAUUAUAAAAGAGGAGCGGAGUGGGGGCCACUCAGACACUGCAGCCUGACACAGCAAACUUCCAGCCAGCCGAACUGCCAGGAUCUACCCAACCAGGGGGAUCCAGUGCGAGCCACCAAGAUCUACGAAACCGCAGGAUUCACUGAGAUCCCCCCAAACCGCAGGAUUCACUGAGACCUACUAAACCACAGGAUUCACUGAGACCUACUAAACCACAGGAUUCACUGAGACCCCCCCAAACCACAGGAUUCACUGAGAUCCCCCAACCACAGGAUUAACUGCGAUCCCCCCAAACCACAGGAUUCACUGAGACCUAUCAAACCACAGGAUUCACUGAGAUCCCCCCAAACCACAGGAUUCACUGAGACCUACCAAACCACAGGAUUCACUGAGAUCCCCCCAACCCACAGGAUUCACUGAGAUCCCCCCAACCACAGGAUUCACUGAGAUCCCCCCAAACCACAGGAUUCACUGAGAUCCCUCCAAACCACAGGAUUCACUGAGACCUACCGAACCACAAGAUUCACUGAGAUCCCCCCAACCCAAGGGAUUCACUGAGACCUACUAAACCACAGGAUUCACUGAGACCUACCAAACCACAAGAUUCACUGAGAUCCCCCCAAACCACAGGAUUCACUGAGAUCCCCCCAACCUACAGGAUUCACUGAGACCUACCGAACCACAGGAUUCACUGAGAUCCCCCCAAACCACAGGAUUCACUGAGAUCCCCCCAACCUACAGGAUUCACUGAGACCUACCGAACCACAGGAUUCACUGAGAUCCCCCCAAACCACAGGAUUCACUGAGACCUACCGAACCACAGGACUCACUGAGAUCCACCAGGAUUUACUGAGAUCCACCAAACCACAGGAUUCACUGGGAUCCCUCAAACCACAGGAUACACAGAGAUCCACCAAACUACAGGAUUCACUGGGAUCCCUCAAACCACAGAAUACACUGAGAUCCACCAAUCUACAGGAUUUACCGAGAGCCACCAGGAUUCAUUGGGAUCCUUCAAACAACAGAAUUCACUGGGAUCCACCAAACUUUAGGGUUGACUGAGAUUCAUCAAACCAAAGGAUUCAUUGGGAUCCCCCAAGCCACAGCAUUCACUGGGAUCCACAAAACAUCAGAGUUCACUGUAAGCCACCAAACCUCAGGGUUGACUGAGAUCCAUCAAACGUUCUGGUUCAUUGAGGUCUUCACUGAUAUCAGCUUUAAGUCCAGAUCCACCAAAGCACAAAAACUUCCCAUGAGCCACCGGAAUCCACCCGAACCACACUACUGCUCGGACCUAAGAAGAAGAGGGUAGACACCCCUAAAGCAUUUCCUGAAAAUUGGACUGCAAAAAGUACCACAACCACAGGAUUGAAUGGGAUCCACCAAACCACAGGAUUCAUUGUGAACCACAAGUAUCGACUCCACUUCCCGGGGAUCUCACUAUCUACUGGAUACGCCUCAAGCCUUCAGGAUCUACCCAACAACUGGACCCAAUAGAGUCUCUAAAGACCUACAGAUUUUAUUCUCGGACAUCGUCUUGGGUGCUCCUCUCCCGGUAGAUCCGGAUCUGCUCACCAGUACUGGUGCUGGACACCUGUCAUCAUUAUUUCCUAUUUCUGAGGCUGAACCUGUCUGUAAACUUUCCCCACUACUACAGACAGACGUAGAUGAUGUAGAGAACCGCGUGUGUCCUACAGACAUCGGUGUAGAUUAAUACCAAGACUUGUCCCGACGUCCCGUAUACUGACACUUGUCCUGACUUCCUGUAUACUGACACUGGUCCCGAAGUCCCGUAUACUGACACUUGUCCCGACUUCCCGUAUACUGACACUUGUUCCCCCGUAUACUGACAUUUGUCCUGACGUCCCGUAUACUGACACUGGUCCUGACAUCCUGUAUACUGACACUUGUCCUGAAGUCCCGUAUACUGACACUGGUCCCGACGUCCCAUAUACUGACAGUGGUCCCGUAUACUGACACUUGUCCCGAAGUCCCGUAUACUGACACUGGUCCUGACGUCCCAUAUACUGACACUUGUCCCGACUUCCUGUAUACUGACACUUGUCCCGUAUACUGACACUUGUCCCGAAGUCCCGUAUACUGACACUGGUCCUGACGUCCCGUAUACUGACACUUGUCCCGUAUAUUGACACUUGUCCCGUAUACUGACACUUGUCCCGACGUCCCGUAUACUGACACUUGUCCCGACGUCCCGUAUACUGACACUUGUCCCAUAGACUGACACUUGUCCUGAAGUCCCGUAUACUGACACUUGUCCCGAAGUCCCGUAUACUGAGACUGGUCCUGACGUCCCGUAUACUGACACUUGUCCCGUAUACUGACACUUGUCCCGUAUACUGACACUUGUCCCGACGUCCCGUAUACUGACACUUGUCCCGAAGUCCCGUAUACUGACACUUGUCCCGACGUCCCGUAUACUGACACUAGUCCCGUAUACUGACACUGGUCCCGACGUCCCGUAUACUGACACUUGUCCCGGAGGACCUCUGUACAGAACGACCACCUUCACCCAAGUGAGAAGAUUGUUGGAAGGGUUCCCUGGAUUUAUCAUCUCUUCCUGCACCUGUGUCACCAAUCAUGGCAUCUACCAGGCUGGACAGACGGGCACCCACCUCCCUGCUCUGCCUGCUCCUGAUGAGCCAGGUGGCACUGUCUGUGGCUCACCAGGUUAGCACAUGUGAAGCGAAUGGCAGUGUGUACUAUGUCGGCGAGUGGUACUUCCUGGACUCGGACCAUUGCACCCAGUGUGAGUGUACCACAGAGGGGCCAGCCUGUGCCAGGACAGAGUGCACCGCCCUGCCACCCGCCUGCAUGCAUGUCAGUCACUACCCCACCGACUGCUGCCCCCGCUGCGAGAAGAUUGGCUGUGAGUACAGAGGAGAGGUCUACGAGCUGGGCGAACAUUUCCAGCCCUCGGAGUGUGAGCAGUGCACCUGUGACAUCGAUGGCAUCGCCCGUUGCCUGGUGGCCGAUUGCGCCCCCCCACCAUGUGUGAACCCUGUCUACGAGAAGGGGGAGUGCUGUCCCCGCUGCAAAGAUGGUCCGAACUGUUAUGGCGAUGCCACCCAGAAGCGGGUCAUCCCGGCGGGGCAGUACGUCUGGGUGGACUCUUGCACCAAGUGCCGCUGCCACGAUGGGCAGGAUGUGGGCUACUGGGAAGGGAACCGCCUGGCCAAGUGUGAGAAGACCAAGAACUGCCACCCACAGGAGGGCCAGGAGAACGCGUAGAGGGCAAAGGGCCACAGACGCGGCUGAUCUCCAGCUCUCCGAUCCCCCUAGUGACCCCAAGUGUACAACAUGGCGGACAUGGGGAGACCUUAUUAGUAUUCCUAUCAUCUUCUGUCUUAUAUCUUAUUCACAGCCUAUAGGUCGUUUGGUGACAGUUCAGACCCUAAAUAUAGAAUCAGCCCUCGGUGUUCCUCUUAUUUAAUACUUGGUGGCCUAGGGCCACUCUUACAAUAUGGAUUAACUCCUACAACUCGAACGGUCAACAGGUGCUCCAGACUCCAACAGGUUGAACCAUUCCCACAGGCAGUGCUACAGCCGGGUCCGGAAAGCAGCAUUUUGUAGUGUAGAGACGACCCUCGAGGAAGCUGCUGGAAAUGUAUGGGCUGCCCUGCCAUUUCUAACGGUGACCCGCCCUUUGAGGAACCCAGCAAUCUCCGACCCACCAAUGGCAGCCAUUAGGCUUCAGUCCCCUUGGUUUCACAGCUUUCAUUUGCCUAAUAACUUGUGGAGAACGACUCAGGGCACAUAAAAUACCCCGGAAAAACAUCGACACUAUCACAGCUCAUAUAUUGGCAGGAAAAUUGUCCCUUUAUGAAUAGCCUUCUCAAUAGUAUCAAUUUCUGGUGGUCUUAAUAAUUAGUAACCACCCACCAACAGGAUUCUGGUCCUCUGGCCUUGCACAAGCAGCCACAGAUUUCUUGGUGCCUAUGUUUGGGUCUUCCAAGAGAACGAAAACCCUUCUUUACCCUGGCAUCCCCUCCAGGCAUGGGCUGGGAGGCAAAGUCCUCAACACUGGCAUAAUCAUCACGCCAAGCCUAGGGGGGGGGGGGGCAAGACCUCUACACUGACAUCCUCACCACACCAACCCUACAAGGUAAAGACCUCAACACUGGCAUCCUCAUCACACCAACCAUUGGAGGCAAAGACCGCUACAUUGACAUCCUCACCAUACCAACCCUACAAGGUAAAGACCUCAACACUGCCUCCAAGGGUUUGUGU